GGUGCGGUUGUUGUGUUCUCUAAUAAUUCACUUUGCUAUAUUUCCGUCGUUCGUACUCGUCGCUGCUGUCUCAAUCGCUAGCAACUAUCUGUUUUCCGUGUUGUUUCGUUAACCGUAUUUAUCUUUCAUUUUUGUUUUGUUUACUCUUUCCGCCCUACGUGUACCGACAAUCAUCGUCGCCCAGGAAAAGCGUUAUAUUAAUUAAUACCAUUAUCGGAUACCUACUACUAAGUCGUGCUCAGUCGUAGUCGACAAUUGAUUACCAUAACUAAUUUCUCAUCGCCGGCUAAGUCAAAACCAAAAUCUCAUGAUGAAAAGUAAGGAAGUUGUAGCUGGUGACUCAGAAAACGAAUUUGAAGUUGAUGAACCAGAAGAAGUAGCAGACCAUUCUGAUGAUGAAUGGGCUCCAACAGCUGCUGCGAAAACCCCUGGUAAACGAGGACGACCAGCGAAAAAUACACCAGGUAGAAAGAAGAAACCAAAGGUUUCUGAAGAUGAAGAUGAAGAAGAAAUAUUACCCAAAAAAGAGAGGGGAUCAAAACCUAAAACAGCCACACCAGCGCCAGUACCAACAUCAGCUAGAGGUCGGGGAAGAGCAGCUAAAGGAAAAGCUAAGAAAGAAGAAGUUGAACCCGAAGAAGAGCCAGAAGAUGAUGAAGAAUUUGACGAGGAGGAGGAUUUAGAGGAAGAUGAAGAAGACGAGGAUGAAGAAGAAGAUGAUGAGGAUGUAGAAGAAGAAGAAGAAGAGCUUAAUCAAGGACCAAACGCAAAGCCAGCUAAAAAAUUCACUUCUGGAGCAUUUGUCGUACUUAAGACUGAUAUGAUUGGUAAGGGUAACCCUCCUGUAUGGAAAAUUGAUGGCAAGGCCUUGUUACAAAAGUAUGUUCCUUUCAAACAGGAUGGUAAAGUAUUAUACAAAAACACUUCUGUUUAUUCUGGUUGGGGGUCCAAUGUUAAAGAGCAAUACUACUCUGCACCCGUAUCAUUUAUACAGCAAACACGUAAAGAACACAUUAUAGAAUUUUACAAAGAUAAAAUAAAGAAAGAUCCUAAAGUUGAAGAGGCUGCCAAGAAAGAAUUAGAAGAAGAAGAAGCUGAAUUAGCUGGUGAUGAUGAUGAAAAGGUGGAACAAGAUGAAGCAUAAUUGUUAUAUUAAGCCAAAUGAGUAUGACUGUUCACAUAAAAUUUGUGAUUUAAUAUUUUUUUCUAUAUAUUUAGUAACAGCUUUUCAAUUGUAUGUUAACAAUGAUAAUUUGUAUUAUAUUAUUUGUUUAUUUUGAAAUGCAAUUAGCAAUAAUAAUAAUUUGUAAAAUUAUUUUAAUUAUUACUAUCAGUUAUAAUCAUAAUGUGAAUGGUACGUUUUAACUAAUGUUAAAUUGAAUGUCACUUUUUUAUUCUUUAAUGAUUAGACUAUAACUCAAAUAUCCUGUAUCCAUAAUUUUAUAACAAAUACAAUUUUAUGCAUGUAAAAAUAUAUACUGUACGGUUAAUAGUUAUGAAACGAUUAAAAAGUAUAAAUUUAAUGUGCAGAUAAUGCUAGUAUUUUAUUUCUAAUGGUGUAUAAUAUAUAAAUAAUAAUAUAUGCUGUAUAAUAUAUACAUAUACUAUAUGUCCAUA